CUCCAAACACAAGCUAUGUGCGCUUUCAUGUUAUUGUAAUUGAUUGAUUUGUUGGAACAAAUUUUAUCUUUGUAACAUUUACACUUUUUCUUCAAUUGUCAAAUGAUCUGUUAUUUUUUUCUGCAAGAAAUGCUUAUGAUAUACUAUGGAUGUAGGCAAAGAUAGAAGAAACAAGAAACCUGAAAUAGUGAAAUCUUUUUGGUCAUCAAACAAGGAGGAAAAGAAGACACCUUUCACUUUGUGGCACAAAACACUUAUGAAUAUGAAGCAAGCAGAAGUUAAUAGGUGCCAGAUCCAUGAAUGGUACCCAAAAUUCAAAUCUGUCUCCAUCAAAACCUUAAUUCAUGAGCUUCCAGAGUCCUUUGUAUGUUACCUGCUUGAGGAAUCUGGACCUUUCAUCCUUCCUCAAUCUGUCUCUGGUGAUGAUGCCCUGCCGCAGAGAAUCCACAAUCCGGAAGAAGAGGAAGAUUAUGAAGUAUCAGAAGACUCUGGAGAUGAAUCGGAAAAACCCCCACCUGCACCUUGCUUCCCAGAACUUGAGUUGAAGAUCAAAGAAUCCAUCAAGACCCUUGGUGGAGCUGUCUUCCCUAAGCUGAAUUGGAGUGCACCGAAGGACUCUGCUUGGAUUACCACGUCAGGGACACUCCGUUGUACUUCAUUCAGUGAGAUUGCACUUGUUUUACGAUCUUCUGAAUCUUUGUUUCAUGAUCUUUGCCAUGCUUAUGAUUCAUGCUCUGAUAAGAUAUCCUCAAGACCCACAACCUUCUUUCUUGCACUCCGUAAGUGGUAUCCAUCUCUCCUCCCUGAGAUGGAAUUCCGUUGCUUUGUUCAGGACAGUCGACUUAUUGGUAUCUCCCAGCGUGAGGUCACAGUUUUCUAUCCCGUUCUUCAGGAGAAGAAAAAUGAGCUUGAAGUGUUGAUCUCUGAAUUUUUUAGUGAUUAUGUGCAGCCAAGAUUUGAAUCGGAGAAUUAUACAUUUGAUGUUUACGUGACGAGGGAUCAGAGGGUUAAGCUUAUGGAUUUUAAUCCUUGGGGGGCAUUCACUUUGCCACUGCUAUUCAGUUGGGAGGAAUUGGAGCACAGCUUUGGCCAAGAGGGGGAUUUUAUUGAGUUUAGGAUUAUAGAGAGCAGAUGUGCAGUUCGGCCAGGGUUAAAGACAGCAGUUCCUUAUGAUUACUUGGAUACAAGCCCAGGGAGUGGAUGGGAUCAGUUCUUGAGGAAUGCAGAUGAGGAAGCACGUUUUCAAGCUCAAGCUGGGGCUUAAGGAUUUGUUUGCGUCAAUGCAACAUCAGUUCAAUUCAUGGAUCUUCCAAGUCCUCUUUGUAAGCCCUCCUGUCGCCACCCCCACAAACAAAAAAAAACUUAAUAGGGAAAAUCUUUGUCUGAGUAUUAAUAUGCAAGAAUCGGGUUAAAAGUUUUUAGAUGGUCACUGUUUGUACAUUUCCUAUUUGCAAAGGUCUUAGUGUU